CAUUCCGAUUUCGGUGCUCCUCGUUCGCUGGGUUUUCGGCGGACUUUGACGACGAUUGCAACGGCACACUGUGCACUCCUGAACCGUUCAAUCUCCUCAGUGUAUUCAUCCAUAUUCUGCCUCUCUGCACAUAACCAUUUUAUCUUGCCCACUUGCUUCACAUCAGCGGCCUCUCACUUGGCUUUGACUUCAGACCGGAGUUUGGCAGCUUGACGCCAAUCUGACGUCCAUCAGAACCAUUUAAAGCCUGUCACUCCUUCCCUCGAGUCCCGAAUCAUAUGCAGUUGUCCCUCCUAAUACUUGAAUGGUCAACGUUAAUGCACGAUAGCACUAUUCCAGCGAAUGCCCCCAGCAAACCUGAUGAGUUCCCCAUCAG